CAAGACAGUUAUUAGGCAGCGCGGGGCGGCGGGCAUGGAGCUCGCGGUGGUGUGGCAGGGACCGGCGUGCGGCAGGGCGGCCGCGGUGGCAGCCCCAAUUCCCUCCAUCUGCCGCUUCCUGCUCUGUGUCCUGGUCCGCUAGACGCCUCCUCCCGCGCGUGUUCUUCUCUCUAUGGAUUCAUUGCAGACUCGACAGAUGCUGAGUUUGCCCACUGAGCUUGGUAGCAACAACUUGGAUCUGGCAGAGCCGGCGGCAUCAGUGGCGCGGGUAGAUACGGGCUCCCACCCGGAGGCGGCUACAGAAGGCUCCGCACCUCUACUGACGCGGGAGCCGGAGCGGGAGCAGCCUCCAAGGGCUUCGACGCCUGAGUGCAAAGUUUUGCUCACGCAGGCCGACGCCCUGGCCUCCGGGGGGCGCCUCCGAGAAGCCCUCGAGGUGUACAGACAGCUGUCAGAGCGGCAGCAGCUGGUGGCCGAGCAGCUAGAGCAGCUGGUGCGCUGCCUGGCGGAGAACGUCCCGCAAGGCGAGGCGCUGGCGCGGGCACCGGCGGACGGGAGCAGCGUGGUGAGCUGCGCGGUGGUGGCGGAAGAGGCAGGGGUAGCAACGGCCUCUGAGGCCACCGAAGUGUGGGACGGCUUCAAGUGCCGGAAGUGUCAUGGAUUUCUAUCAGACCCCGUGUCCUUGUCCUGCGGCCACACCUUUUGUAAACUGUGCCUGGAACGCGGGCGGGCAGCCGACCGGCGCUGUGCACUGUGCGGGGUCAAGCUCUCCUCGUUGAUGGUGGCCACAGGGCGGGCGCGCGGGGUCCGGCGGGCUGGGCAGCCGCCGCCGCUUCGGGUCAACGUGGUGCUCAGCGGUCUCCUCGGCAAGUUGUUCCCCGGUCCGGUACGGGCGUCGCAACUCCGGCACGAAGGCAACCGGCUGUACCGCGAGCGCCAGGUAGAGGCGGCGCUGCUCAAGUACAACGAGGCAGUUAGGCUAGCUCCAAAUGACCACUUGCUUUAUAGCAACCGAUCUCAAAUUUAUUUCACCUUGGAGUCUCAUGAGGAUGCACUGCAUGAUGCAGAAAUAGCAUGUAAGCUCCGCCCAAUGGGUUUUAAGGCACACUUCAGAAAAGCACAAGCCUUAGCCACCCUAGGCAAAGUGGAGGACGCACUAAGGGAAUUUCUAUAUUGUGUGUCCCUGGAUGGAAAGAACAAAAGAGCAAGAUCUGAAGCUGAACAGGAAAAUUCGGAGCUCCCGCGUUGUUCUAUACAGGAGGAAGCAGCAGCCAGGGGGGACUGCAACAGCCUGAUGAACCCGGCAAAAGUAAAGGGGGAUGGGCGACAAGGCAACAUGAAAGACCAGGAAGGAGAAGAGGAGAAGGGGGAUGCUGCCUCUCCAGAAGUUGCCUCCAGCAAGACUGGCAAAUGCCAGGAAAAGAAAAGGAAACACUGUCAAAUUGAACCCCGAGACCCAGAGGUGCCUAAUAAAGCCUCUAAAUCAGAUCCUCCUGCUGAUCCGGGGGCCAGACCUGCUCUCAGUGUUCCCCUUGCAUCUUUUGACGCAUCUGAUCUUGAAUGCUCCCUGUGUAUGAGAUUAUUCUAUGAGCCGGUCACAACACCUUGUGGGCACACAUUUUGCUUAAAAUGUCUUGAAAGAUGCCUAGAUCACAACGCGAAGUGUCCACUGUGCAAAGAUGGUCUUUCACAGUGCUUGGCAUCAAGACAAUACAGCAAAAAUGUCAUAAUGGAAGAGCUAAUAGCUAAAUUCCUUCCAGAAGAACUGAAGGAACGAAGGAGACUUUAUGAAGAGGAAAUGGCAGAACUUUCUAACUUAAAUAAGAACGUGCCUAUUUUCGUGUGUACUAUGGCCUAUCCCACCGUUCCUUGUCCCCUGCACAUCUUUGAGCCUUGUUACCGUCUGAUGAUUCGUAGAUGCAUUGAGACAGGCACAAGACAAUUUGGCAUGUGCCUUGGAGAUCCCAUCAAAGGUUUUGCAGAAUAUGGCUGCAUCCUAGAGAUCAGAAAUGUUCAGGUCUUUGCCGAUGGCCGUUCAGUGGUCGACAGCAUAGGCAAGAGGCGCUUCAAGGUCCUCCAUCAGGGCCAGCGGGAUGGUUACAACACAGCCGACAUUGAAUAUAUUGAAGACCAAAAGGUUCAAGGAGAGGAUUGUGCUGAGCUCAUGGGAUUGCACAACUGUGUCUAUGAGCAAGCAUCAUCAUGGUUUCAUUCACUCAAGUCAUCUCUGAAGAAUCGGAUACUCAAUCACUUUGGUCCAAUGCCAGAGAAAGAUGUGGAUCCCCAGAUUAACCCAAAUGGUCCAGCCUGGUGCUGGUGGACAUUAGCAGUUCUUCCAUUAGAAGGCCGAGCUCAGCUCCCGUUCCUAGCAAUGAAGUCCUUAAAGGAUAGACUGAAUGGUAUUCGGCGUGUCCUGGCCUUUAUAUCCCGAAACCAAAACUAGUUAGAGUGGAUUGCUGAAGAGGAACUCCCACCCUCCCCACUGCCUACAGGAGUCGUCUUGUAAAUAUAUCUAGUUGCAAUAACAUCUUAACAGCAGGAAGUGUCAAACAGAGGUAUUAUUACCCUGUUGUUGAUUACAGAAACUGAGUAGAAAGACGAAAAGAAUGUGACCUGCUUCUUGACAUGCUGCACAACUACAUGCACAGCAGAGGUAUUCGAGAGCCCAGAAUUUUUUUUUGUUUUUGACAUAAAAUUUUCUGAAAGUUUAAAGUGGUUUUGCUUUGAUUUUCUUUCUUUCAUCUAUGAAUGACUGUGUGGUUGAAAUGUGAAACAAGAUACUAAUAAUGUUACUGCAUUAUUUCACUUACUUGAGGCCUCAUUCCAAAUGGUUCACGUUUUAUAUGGCAUUAUGUAAAAUAAUGUUCAUACUUCUUUCCGUUUUAAUAAUUUAUUUUUUGCAGUACUGUAUACUUUUUUUUCUACAUGUAUGUUUGUAACUAAGUUACAUUACUGAAGUUAGUUGCUUUAUUUAUUUACUUUACUAUGUACUUAGGGGGAAGUAACAAUACUAGUGCCAUUUUUGCUUUAACCAUUUUUUACUACAUUUGAUGCCAGUUCAUGAACCAUUUUUGUAUCUAUCCAAUUGGAUGUCUAAAGGAAGUUUAGAAUCAUGCUAAGAUCAUCUAUCUUCACAGAUUCCAUUUUACUUUUAGUUUGAAUUCAACAAUAUAAAAUACUUAAGGAAUUUGGCAUAGAUUAUGGAAUAAGCCAGGGUAAAAUAAAAUAAUCCAUUUUCUAUGUGUUAUACAGAACAAGGCUGAAGGAAUUAUUUUUCUGGAACAAAUUGAUGAAUCAGAGGAGUGUCCUUUAUUGCAAUCUAUUAUAGGUGGUUAUUUUAGCAAUCUAAUUAUAAGUGUUUCUAAGUUUUCCCCAGUGCAAUUAGGAAUUGGAAUUUUAGGCAGGAUAAUAUUUAACCCUUCAGAAGAAAUGGUUUUCAGUUUGGCACAUCACAGCCAGGCCCAGCUAGCCUCCUCUUCUCAGGGUUCUGAAGAUCACAGCCUGGCCAGCAUGUGUGGAAACACUUGCUGAAGGACUGUUUGUUAUGAAAAAUAUAAAAAAGCCAAUAGAAAAGGUAGUACACUUUAAAAAAAAAAACCUAUAUUUUUGGUGAAUAUGGGAGUGUUAUAAGAGUGAAAAGAUUAAGGCAGGGAAAAAGUGAAUUGUGCCAUUUGCACCUUUAUGCAAACUGCUCUCCCCCCCGACCCUGUGAUUCUGGACACUCGCACCCUGACCACUCUGUUAAGGUGAGAGGUUAAUGCCUCAAGUAAUCAGUCUGACUUCUUCCAUUACCACCUAUGGCCAGAAACAGAAAAGGCAGAAUGAGAUGAUCCAGGCAACAUGAGAGAUUAAGGGAAGCAGAAAUCAGAUUAUCUUUUCUCAACUUUUGUAAUGGAUGCCAUGUUGUUAGAGCAUUAUGUUACCAGGUUUGAUGUUUGGAGCCAGACUGGAAGGAGAAUGAAGAAUGGAAGGAUAGAUGUGGUUACUGCCCAAGCAAACUCUACAAGACACAGGGAGCAGGAAAUUAAAGGCUCCCCCCUCCGACUUGGUGCCCAACUAUGUGGUCAUAACACAUUCCUAGUACAAUAGGUUCCUAUUAUCUAGUAUAAAUGCAUUCCAAAAAAGGGUCAUAAGUGUCUCUGCUUGAUAGAUGUGUUACUUUUGUGAAUUAACUUUUUCUGAGACCCAGUUUCCUCAUCUAGCAAAUGGUAUUGAUAAAUACAGCAUAUAAGUUGUCAUGAACAUUAAAUUAUAUAUAUAUAUAUAUUAUUAC